CCGACCCCUCUGACCCUCCCACGGUACGGACUGACCUGCAGCUCGGCAUUAUGGGUCUGAAAGCAGGCGUUGUUCUGUGGAGCGAGAACCUGUGAGACUGUGACGGACUCUUCGCCUCAAUUGUUCCUCUGCUCCUCUGUGACCUGUAACGAUCGACUGAUCUCAGCCGUGUUGUGUUAGCGUGACCCGGACGCCGCGAUGCCGUUCAUGCCAGUGAAGUUCACCCUGCAGAAGCGGGUGAAGCUGGCUCAGGGACUCUGGAUGCUCUACUGGCUCUCGGUCAUCGCCGGGAUCCUCAUCUUCAGCCUCGGCAUCUUCUUCAAGGUGGAGCUGAGGAAGAGGAGCGAGCUGAUGAACAACAACGAGAGUCACGCAGUUCCCAACCUGCUCAUCCUGGCGGGCGCGUUGGCGUGCGGCCUUAACGCCUUUGGCGGGAAGGUUUGCCACGACUCCCUGGACCCCAUGAAGUUCUCCAGGUGGAAGCCGAUGCUGCGGCCGUACCUUCUGACGUGCUGUGGCUUCAACGUCCUGCUGCUGCUCACGGCGCUGCUCUGCUUCCUCAUGCAGGUCGCCCUCUACCUGACGCUCGCCGAGGGCCUCAGGUUUGGCAUCAAGUUCUACAAAGACACGGACACGCCGGGACGCUGCUUCAUGAAGAGGACGCUGGACAUGACGCAGAUCGAGUUCCGCUGCUGUGGCAACAACAACUACAGGGACUGGUUCGAGGUCCAGUGGAUCAGCAACCGCUACCUGGACAUGAGCAACGAUGAGGUCAAAGAUCGCGUCCUCAGUAACGUGGAGGGGAAGUUCCUGAUGGACAGCGUUCCGUUUAGCUGCUGUAACCCCGGGUCACCUCGACCCUGCAUCCAGCAUCACCUGACCAAUAACUCCGCCCACUAUGACUACGACCACCGCACGGAGGAGCUGAACACGUGGACGCGCGGCUGCCAGGAGGCGCUGUUCUCCUACUACAGCAGCAUCAUGAACAGUGUGGGCGCAUUUGUUAUCAUCACCAUCAUCCUGGAGUCCGUGGACAUGGCAGGACUGAAGUACCUGAUCACCGCUCUGGAGACGAUGGCGGAGCCGGAGAACCCGGAGUGUGAAAGUGAGGGUUGGCUGCUGGAGAAGAGUGUGAAGGAGACGCUGGUGGAGCAGCUCGCCAAAGUCAAGUCACUGGUGAAGACCAACCAGGUGCAGGAGGGCGGGGACAUGCCGGAGGCCUGAGAACCCCGCCCCCUCACAGGACUCACACACACACACACACACUCGUUCAAAGUGAACAAUGAUGUAAACCGUGAAUGUUGAUAUUUGUGUAAAUAUGUUUAUUUGUAAACAGGAUCUGCUGUAAAUAAAACAUCUGGUUUUCAAAAUAUUCAAACGACAACGGACAUUUAAAUUCAAGCCACGCCUCCUCAUGAAUACUUCCUGUCGUCACAUGGCAGACAGACUUGACCAGAGCAUGACCAUGAGAGUCCGGGAGAUAUGUACAGUAUGUUCAUAGUGAAAACUUCCCAUCAUGCCAUCUGUUUUUCUGUGAAGUUGUUUUUUUACUCUAAAGUUUCAGCCAUUCAUCACCCACUCUGUGAAGUUUGUCAUGUGUUUAUGAAUCUGCUCUGUGUUCACUUUUAAUCCCUGAUCAGUUAAUAGUUUGUUUGUUGAUUGGUUAGAGCUCGUAGUCACUGGAUUGUGCCCAAAAAAAAAACUAUAAAGACAUCGUGACUGAGAUCAGA